ACAACAAAACCAGCGCGCGGGCGGCCGGCGCCGCGGCCCCAGUCCCCGCCCUCCUGCCACCUGCAGCCGCCGGGGCCGUACCGGGCCGGGCGCCGCGCUGCCCUGCCCUGCCCUGCCCUGCCCGAGGGCUCGGGCUGCCAGCAGGUCGCGCCCUUCGGCCACCUUUCCCCGCUGCCAGCGCGCCGCCUCGCGAGACCCGGGGCGGGCCGUGGCCGCUGCUGAACAGCAGGAAGGGAGCGGCCGCGGCGGAGGACGCCGGCCGGACUGUGCGGCCAGCGGCCCUACCCGGGAGCAGAAGGUGGCGGGCCCCGCGGCCUUCUCGCAGGUACCUCUGCCCCGGCUGGCCGCCCCGAGAGGCCCGGCCCCUUGCCCAGCCCGUGUGGCGGGGCCGUAGCGUAGGGGCCUUGUUGCGUUUCAGCGUGGGGGUCGCGGCGGGGGCGGGGCGGUGACUCGGGCCGUCGCGCCCUCACCCCUCUCUUCCUUCCUUCUCACCGAUUUCUUUCUCUCCCCUGGGCCUCCCUCCGCAGUCCCGAGUCCGGUGGAGCCCCGCGGAGCGGACCUGGCGGGGAAGGCUGCACUCACGGCCGGGACCCCAGACGCCGCCGCCGCCGCUACUGUCCGUCAUCCUUGGUACCGGCAAUGGCCUUUGUAUCGUCCGAUGCUCUUGUGACUGACUUGGAUACGGAAUAUUAAGAACUCACUCGCUUCCGUCCCCGUCCCAAAAGCGCCUGGAGUAACCAUCUCAGCUCCUUUGGGCUAAAGUGCUGCACUUCUUAACUCUCUUCGACUUUGGGGGCACCAUGGACCAAAGUGGGAUGGAGAUUCCUGUGACACUCAUCAUUAAAGCACCGAAUCAGAAAUACAGUGACCAGACUAUUAGCUGCUUCUUGAACUGGACCGUGGGGAAACUAAAAACGCAUCUAUCUAACGUGUACCCUAGCAAACCAUUGACGAAGGAUCAGAGAUUGGUGUAUUCGGGCAGACUGCUUCCCGAUCAUCUGCAGCUGAAAGACAUUCUCAGAAAACAAGAUGAGUAUCACAUGGUUCACCUAGUGUGUACUUCUCGGACUCCUCCAAGUUCUCCAGAAUCCGGCACCGGUAGAGGAAGUCGUGAAGCACUGACAUCCAGCAGCAAUUCUAGUUCAGAUCAAUCAGGAUCAACAACUCCAUCAUCCAGUCAAGAAACCUUGCCGUUAGCUGCCAGUUCUUCCUCAGAAGGCUUGAGGCAACGUGCCCUUCCACAAGCACAGACUGACCCAGCACGGAGUCAUCAGUUCCCGUAUGUGAUGCAAGGAAAUGUGGACAACCAGCUUCCUGGGCAAGCUGUUCCGGCCGGGUUCCCAGUGUACCCCGCGUUCAGCCCGCUGCAGAUGCUGUGGUGGCAGCAGCUGUACGCUCAGCAGUACUAUAUGCAAUAUCAGGCUGUAGUUUCAGCUCAGGCCACACCAAAUGCCAACCCAGCCCAGCCCGCUCCCUCACAGCCUCUAAAUUUGGCACAUGCUCCUGGAGAAGAACCCCCACCAGCUCCAAACCUGGUGGCCCAAGAAAAUCGACCCAUGAACGAGAAUGUUCAAAUGAAUGCACAAGGAGGUCCAGUGCUAAAUGAAGAAGACUUCAAUCGAGACUGGCUGGACUGGAUGUACACGUUCUCACGAGCUGCGAUUCUUCUCAGCAUUGUCUACUUCUAUUCUUCUUUUAGUCGGUUUAUCAUGGUAAUGGGAGCCAUGCUGCUGGUUUAUUUACACCAAGCUGGAUGGUUUCCUUUUAGGCAAGAAGGCGGCCAGCAGCAGGCCCCCAACCAUAAUGCCGAAGUUAAUGACGGGCAACAUGCAAACAACCUAGAACUGGAGGAAAUGGAGCGUCUUAUGGAUGAUGGGCUUGAAGAUGAGAGUGGAGAAGAUGCAGGCGAAGAUGGCAGUGCAAUGCAAAGGCCUGGAUUAAUGGCGUCAGCUUGGUCUUUUAUCACCACCUUCUUUACUUCACUAAUACCAGAGGGGCCUCCCCAGGUUGCCAAUUAGACCUGAAAAAAUUGUGCCAGCUGCAAGAAGGGGCUGGCUUUAGGAAAGUGUUUUAAAUAACAGUGCAAUUUAAAAAAAAAAUUAUUACUUUCUUUCAUCAUCAUGUACAGAGGUAUUUUUUUCUUUAAGCUUCUCAUGCAUAUGAAUAUUUUAAGCACAAAUGGACUACUAAAUGUGUUCUUUUUUUGAGAUCCUAACAGAAUAUAGCGUAACAAUAUUUGUCUUGCAGGUUUUAUUAAUUUCAAUUAUGUAUAUUAUAUCAGACAGACCAAUUUGUAUGUCUUAUUUCUUUAAAGAGCUGCUUCACAUAUAAGUAUCUAUAACUAAUAGCCCAGCCCUUCAAUGUGUAAUUUGAAUAAAUAUAUCUAUUUUCUGUGAAUUAUCCUGAAAGUUUUAAAUAGAAUGACCUCAUAGUUUUUAAUAAAGAUUAUUUACCUAAAAGUAGCAUCUUGCCCAACCAUAAAGCAAUAAACUUCUUAAUAAUCUUGGUUUUGACGUUUGAAUAAAUAAUGGAAACUUUCUAUUUUAAGGGCAUGUAUCCCAUCAAUUGGAAUUAGUACCUUAAAAAAAAAAGGCAGCUCUUCAAUGGAAUUAAUAGUGAUAUAAAAUGUUUGAUAUAGGCAGUACUUUUAUAAAAUAAGAUAUGCUGGAACUCGAUCCCUGUAAUUUUUUAAAAUAAAAGGUCAAU